GUCGAGAGAAUGCGCUAUGGCUACCGGAUGAGAUAUAGUAAUGUCGAAGGAUUUAUUUUGCAAAUAUGAACUUGUAUGGACUUAGCGGGCCACGUUGUAAUCUGUCGUUGUAAUCACAUAUCUAUUGCUGCUUUGUAACACGCACUUUUUCCGUCCUCUGGAUCUAGAUAUUACGCCCGCUAGAUGCUACUGCCGAAAAGAUAACCUCUCUUGAUAGUGCAUUGAAUUUCGGGGAAUCGUGCCAGCGACCGGUGGAUUUGCUAAUUCGUAUUUGUAAAACGGGCGACUAUGUUGGAUCAAAAAGUAGUAGCGAUCUGUUUCUUCGUGGGCUUCGCCAUAGUAUUUAACUUUUCCCUUCAUCGCAUCGAGGAGGGCUAUGUGGGGGUGUACUUUCGAGGUGGCGCGCUACUGCCUUACGUGAGCAGUCCAGGAUUUCACAUGAUGAUACCAUUUCUGACCACGUAUCGUUCGGUACAAGUAACUCUGCAGACAGACGAGGUGAAGAACGUGCCAUGUGGAACCAGCGGCGGGGUUAUCAUCUACUUUGAUCGUAUAGAAGUUGUAAAUAUAUUGGAUGCAAACAGUGUUUACAACAUGGUGAGGAAUUUCACAGCGGAUUACGAUCGCACUUUGAUUUUCAACAAGAUCCAUCAUGAAUUGAAUCAAUUUUGUUCUGUACAUUCACUACACGAAGUAUACAUAGAUCUAUUUGAUCAAAUUGAUGAGAAUCUGAAGACUGCACUUCAAAGAGAUUUGAAUGAAUUGGCGCCUGGGCUUAGCAUACAAGCUGUAAGAGUAACGAAGCCAAAAAUUCCCGAAGCAAUCAGGAAGAACUAUGAAUUAAUGGAAGCAGAGAAAACGAAGCUGUUAAUAUCUACGCAACAUCAGAAAGUAGUGGAGAAAGAUGCCGAGACCGAUCGCAAGAAGGCCGUCAUUGAAGCUGAGAAGGAAGCGCAAGUUGCAAAAAUCCAAUAUGGUCAAAAGAUUAUGGAGAAAAAAUCUCUACAGCAAAUGGCUGCGAUAGAGGACGAGAUGCAUUUAGCAAGAGAAAAGAGCCAUUCGGAUGCCGAAUUUUACCAGAUAAAAAUGCAAGCUGAUGCAAACCAGCUACUUUUGUCCAAGGAAUACUUAGAGCUCAAGAAGUAUGAGUCAUUGGCGCACAAUACCAAAAUAUAUUACGGACAAGACAUUCCAAGAAUGUUUGCAUAUGGAAGCUGUUUAAAUGAUGCCGAUUGCAGGUCUAGUGGCAAUAUUGAACAGAAGAAGUUGUGAGCAGUGAAUAAUGCUACAAUUUGUAUCUUAUUUUUAUUGUUGUUAUUAUACAAAAUGAAACGAGUGAAUUGAAAAACUUUGAAAAAUUUACAACUAGUUGUGCGCUGGCACAUUUUUUUCUAUAUAAAACAGUACAUUAUAUAUAUACACACGAUUUUAGAAUUCCGGAGUGUUACUUAUUUCUCCAACCGUGAGAUUAAAAUUUUGUGUGCGUGUAUGAAUGUAUUUAUUAAAUCUAUGUAGAUAGAAAGAUACACUACAAAUACAAAUACAUGUUGUCUUUUAUUAUAAAAAAAAAAA